UUAAGAUUGCUUACCCAGAACACUAAUUUUAUAACUGUAGUAAUCGAUGCCAAUCACACCGACAGAAAAUCGUCCAUGGAAAUUCUUUUAUUUAUAUUUUUCCGUUCUAUUUCCUUCAAAAUUAUGUAUUUCAAUUGUGCAAAUGGUAAUUUUUUAUUUCUAUAUUGAUGAUUACAGAAAAUCAACUUGAAACUUCUGUGGAAGUUUCUGAAGAUAAAACAUGGCAAAAUUCAAAUGAAAGUAUGGACGAGUUUGAUCCCGUUACAAAUUGGGUGUUGGAGAUUGAUCCAAAAAUACUGAAAGAGCAAUUUUUGAACACCCAAGAUGUGAAAAACAGUAAAAAAUCUAAGAAAAAACAAUGGUCAAGUGAGAAUAUUUCUUCCGAUAAGGAAAGAAAAUAUGAAUAUGAGAAUAUAAAUGAGAAUAUUUCUUCCGAUAAGGAAAGAAAAUAUGAAGAAAGCAGGGUGAAUAGUUCAAAAUCUACAACAGAGGUCAUGCGUAAUAGUGUAAAUACAGUUAACAACGAAAAUAAUGAUCAGAUGCUAAUUUUCAAAUCACGAGAUCAGAAUGAAUUUGGACAAAAAUCUCAGCCAUUAGAAAACAUUGACAAAAAACAUUUAUAUGUCAGCACAGAUAUACAUUCUGAACACAAAAAAAAUCAAAGACCAAACAAUGAGAGUGUCAAGAAUAUUACCCAAACAGAAAAUAACUUUCAAUUUCCAGUAAUUGUAGUCCCUCCAAAAGAAGAUGUUGCAAAUAUUGGACAUGAAAUAUCUGAUCUUCCCAUUAUUUUUGACAAUGAAGGAUAUUCUACAGUAAAUAAAAAUUACCUCUUCGUUUCUGAAGUGACAGAAAAUUACCUGUACUGUUCCGAUGAGCAUAACAAUGAUUUUCAUUAUUAUUCAGAUUGUAAUGAAAAGGAAAGCAAUACGAUGAUCACCUUACCAAAUGACGACACUAAAAUUUGUGAAACUUCUGUGAUGCACUCUUCAAACAUUACAUCAGAGUUACCGAAGUAUGCCCCCUUCACAAAAAAAAUUAAUGUAUUAUCCCAGCACAUUCUGAAACCAAGUGGAAUUAAAAAUGUAGCAUUUGCCACCAAGACAAAUUCGAAUAAUGAUGGCAUCAAUGUUUUGACAAAAUCUGAUAAUCACUGGAAAGUGAUUAUUCCUGCAACUCCUACCAAUUCCGAUACACAUUUGGGAGUCAGAUGUUUCAGAAAAGAAGAACCCUUUGACUACGGAAGCGAAGACAAUCAGAAUGCAACAAAUCAUUCUCAUUAUUCUGGAUAUAUUGAAAUUGAAAAGUUUCAUGAUCCUAUUGAAAGCAAUGUUAUCAACGAGAUCCCUGUAUCCGAAAAUAGUUUCGAAAUUCUGGAGAAAACAUCAGAACAAUCUUUGAAAUCUGCUGUAUCAGAAGUCAACCACAAGUCAACCCACAAGCAUACGGACGAUUGUGAAGUAUNUUAUUGA